ACUAUACAAAUGCGAGGACGAAGCUUGAGUCCAUUAUCCGAUGAUUUUCUUGAGACAGAAGAGUCAUCUGAUGGAUCGGAGGAGAUUGGAUAUGAUUCUGCUCCUGUACUGGAAUUAAUGGCAAAUGUGGAAAAUGAAAAUAUUGAAUUGGCAGUAAAAGAUCGUAUGGAUUACAUUAUUGCAGUUGUAUGUGGUGACGUCGAAAAAGCUCCGUUAUUAGAGGACAGCAAAUAUGAACUGAAUAUACAAAUUUUGCGUAAUGAAUGCUCUUCGAGGCCGCAAGUGCGACCGAAAGGACGUCCACGUCUUAGCCACGGGAAGACAGGACAGCUUUCAAAAAUGAGCCCAUCAGUUUCGAAAAAGAAAAAGCACGGUCCACCUAUAUGGCUUCGCACAGCGCGUAAACGCGUGGUGGAAAAUGUAACAGUAGAUCAAAUGGCUGGCCCUAGCAAGGUUUCGCACGAGAGUGAUGAAGAGACAAAACACGAGGUUGAACUACCGAAAAAACGUGGUAGGGGACGUAAACCAAAACCAAAAGCUGAACAGACACCGAAGAAUGAUAUUGAGAAGGAUGAGCUGAGUGGAAAUAGUGACGAAGCUGAAGAUGGUCGUAAACAGCGUCCUUCACGUCAGCGUCGUAAACCAAACUGGAUUAAUGAAAAUUAUGUUACUGGUUUUAAGAAUAAACGUGCUCGUCGUGAUGAUGAUGAUGUGGAUUUGGAAUAUGCGCAACCAAAAGGGCAAAGUCGACCAUCAUCGAGAACCGGACAAAGUCGACCGCCAUCGAGGACUGAAUCGAAAUGUACUAAAAGUGCAGAUAGUCAACGCUCAACUCCAGUUGAACUUUGUAGUACCAUUCCUGGUAUUCAGUCGGAGGCAAGCAGCGAAGAAACAUCAAACUCAUCAACUCCUGCACCACAUGAAAGCACAUAUAAUAUUGCGACUAGUAGCAAUGACAAUAGUGCAAUACGAUCGUCAUUUCCCUUGUCGUCAACUGGAUUGUCCUCAACUGAUGCUGAAAAUGGCAGAGAUAUAAUGGUGAUGCUUUCAUCUUCGAAAAAUGUGACCAGUAAUAGCAAGAAAACGUGUCGUUUACAGUAUACUCCACGUGCACGAAGAAUGAAAUAUGGAGAUGAUCUAUUAUCCAAUGUCGAUGAAGAUGAAAUAGCGUGUACCUCAUCAAAAGAUACCAAGGGACAGGCAUCGAACGACAGCGCAAACGUAGCAUCAGGGGAUGGACGCCCCAUAUCACAAUCUCGUCGUAAACAAGAUCUCUCAACAAUCCGUGAAAAUAAUGAUGAAGUUAUGAUUGUACGGUAUUCAAACGGUGAAGCAUCCCUUCCCAAGGAUCUCUCUGAAAUUCCUGUCUACCUUACUGAAACACAACGCGAUUUAUUUUUCUCAUUUAUCCGUCCUGCUUCGCCUUCAAGUGAUGGCGCAUCAAGUGCCCAUAAGUGCAUGCAAUGCGGCGACAUUAUUGCGAAUAUAUCAGAGGGACGACGGCAUGCUGUGAGUCAUUUGCGUAUCAUGCGUUUACGUUGCUCAUUGUGUGGAUGCGGUUCAUUUUUCUGUUCCGACAUGCGAACUCACUUGCAAUAUAGACAUUGUGAUAAAUUGCAUCUUGCACCAAGAGGUUACGUAUUGCCGGGCAAUGUCCUGCCGUGUAUGACACAGAGACAAGCUGAUGAUCUUACACGAGUUGUGGACGCAAUGAAGCCGGGCCGUGUUAUGUAUACUUCGGGAAAAAUUAUUAGCUCAACUAAUCCAAAACCGUAUUACCCGGAUCCGAUAAUUGAAGAACGUGUUCUUGGCACACUUUUGCCGGAAAUCGAUGCCAGUAAUGAUCAGGGUCGAAAUAUUUCAACAAUUACUACAGGAAAUAUAAAUGCUGCUGUUGGAAAAUCAUAA